CGUCAUUUGGGUAUUUCCGCAGCGCUACAAGGGAUUGUCUAUCAAUAUGUGUGUGUUAGGGGGCGUGGGUACAAGGCAGGAAGACUGGAUUUCGGGAAAAUAAGUAACGCUGAGAAAGAAAACCAAAAUCAUCAGUGAUAGAGAUUUUAUUUAUAGUACGAGCGACAACCACAGCUGACUUUGGGGUGUUACCUGUCGUAGAUAUGGACGAUCUAAUAAAUUCGCUAAUGUCCAAAGACUGGAUGAUGUCAAGUUCAGGUAUGUCCACUUCUGUACCCUACGUGGAGAUAAUUGAACAGCCGAAACAACGAGGUAUGCGAUUUCGCUACAAGUGCGAAGGACGCUCUGCUGGAAGCAUUCCUGGAGAGAGAAGUACAGAUACAACAAAAACUCAUCCCACUAUUAAGAUAAACAAUUAUCAGGGACCAGCCCGUGUAAGGAUAUCUCUGGUCACGAAGGAGUCCCCCUAUAAACCACACCCACAUGAAUUGGUUGGAAAGGAUUGCAAGGAUGGGUAUUAUGAGGCUGACCUAUCACCGGAUCGCAAUAUUCACAGUUUCCAGAAUUUGGGCAUACAGUGUGUGAAAAAGAGGGAAGUGGAUGAUGCCAUUGCCCAGCGUCUUCGUACAAACAAUAAUCCUUUUAAUGUCCCUGUAGAAGAACUGAAGUCUGACUAUGACCUGAACACUGUUUGCCUCUGUUUUCAAGUUUACAUACGUGACCAGAGCGGGGCGCUUCUUCCUCUUCCACUUGUGGUUUCUCAGCCCAUUUAUGACAACCGAGCUCCCAACACUGCUGAGUUGAAGAUUUGCCGCGUUAACAAGAAUUCUGGCAGUUGUUUAGGAGGGGAUGAGAUCUUUCUGCUGUGUGAUAAAGUGCAGAAAGAAGAUAUUGAGGUAGUGUUCGUGUUUGGCAACUGGGAAGCGCGGGGUUCAUUUUCCCAAGCGGAUGUUCACAGACAGGUGGCUAUAGUCUUCAGGACUCCCCCUUUCCAUGAUACAGAAAUUCGCCAUCCUGUGAAGGUCCAAAUGCAGUUGAGGAGGCCGUCUGACAAGGAGGUCAGUGAACCUAUGGAGUUCCAGUACCUACCAGAUGAAGGUGAUCUUCAUCACAUUGAUGAAAAAAGGAAAAGGACUUUGGAAAGUUUUAAACACAUUGUGAGAAAGAAUCCAUUUUCAGGAGGUGAAGCAAGGAACCAGCGCAAGAUUGCUGUGCCAGUAAGGAGCAUGCCAAAGACAGAACCUGUGUCUACACCCAUUCGGCCAAACUCCCUGAUGUCAGUGCAAGUGACUUCAGCCAUCCCUCAAUAUUCGAUGUCCAUGGUAAAAUCUGAUGCCGGGAAUACAAUGACCACCCUUCUCUCAACUGUCAAUGUCAGCGACUUCAGCAACCUGGGAUUUUCCCCCUUGCCACCUGCUACUCAACCCCCACCCACAUCUGAUGAGCGUCUAGACUCUAUUUUGGGCUAUGCAUCUUUUACAGAUGAUGGGAAUCUUGAUCUAGUGAACAUGCUCCAGAAUGACCCUGACAGCCAUUGUGCAAGCCUAAGUUCUAUUGACAAUAGUGAUUUUGGUCAGCUUCUCAGUGAAUCACAGUCUUCAAAUACUCUUUCACAAGCUCUUCAUGAGCCUGGGCAUAAUCAGAAUACCCUAAUGGCUUAUCCUGAUGCUAUUGCUCGGCUUAUGGCUACUGGGCACAAUGAGGAGGCAGGUGGAGAAUGUUCAGACAGACUUGACAGUGGCUUAAUGAAUGGGAUUUUUGAUAUGCAACAAGGAGAGAGUUUAACCUCCAUUUUGGAUAUUGACUUUGCAUCUUUCAUGGGUAGCAUGAAAUGAAAUAAAAUGCAAUGUAUGCCUGGUAAACUGUUGUAGGCAAAGCUCAACUAAAGCUGCGCUGCAUACAUUCACUCAUGGACAGUAGAACUCUUCAAGGCGUAAGUGCUCUUCAGCCAUCAAGGGUUUUGCUGCCAUUCAGGUCAUGUCAGACCUCCAGCAUUGCAGACUGUACUGUCCCCAUCAGACUGAAUGUGUAUCAAUUUGACAAGAUUUGUGUAGCCUUGUUACAUAGUGGGGACAGUGAAUGACCAUUUUGGGAUGAUUCGCAUAAGACACCCAUGUUAAAAUUUAUAUUGGCUCUUUUAAGGAUCAAUAUAGGGAAUAAUUUGUUGCAGUAGACUUAGGGGGACAUUUACUAAGCAGUGACAAGAGCGGAGAAGUGAGCCAGUGGAGAAGUGGCACCAUCAACCAAUCAGCAGCUCUGUAUCAUUUUAUAGUAUGCAAAUUAUAGAUGUUACUUCAGUGCUGAUUGGUUGCCAUGGGCAACUUCUCCACUGGCUCACUUCUCUGCUCUUAUCACUGCUUAGUAAAUGUUCCCCUAAAUGUACUGAAAUACUCAGGUUUAUAAGAUUAGCAUCUGGAGUGGUGGGAUAUGAAUCAGCUAUCUGGUGUCCCUCUUGCGUUGUCCUCAUUAAAAUACAAUGAGAAAUCUAUGUUUUAAGGGAUGGUAAAGCACACCUUAAGUCUACAGAUAGACAGCCAUUUGUGGAUGGUACCAGUCUAUAUGCAGAAGGAUUCAAUAUAUUAAUUCACUAGAAAUAAGUGCCCCAUUAAUAUUUGUCAUUAAGUGCCCUCAGUAUUUUAACAGAUUGAUCUGGUGCACCCUUGUGAAGGUUAGUCAGCCCUCACAUUGUCUGCCUCCUCUGAAUGGGUAUGUUUUAGUAGAAGCUGGUGGAACUGAUAGUUUGGAAUUUAAAAAUUAAUAUUCAGUGGUAACUGGCAUUGAUCCUGACUAGAACAUCUGACCAAGUGUUUGUGGUGGUUGCCCUUGCAUCUUUUCUUUAGUCCAUCAAACUGGCUUUUGCAGAAGUUCUUUCUAUCACAUUACCUAAUUUGCAGAAAAGAAACCACUAUUGCACUUGCAUUACAUACUUGAGAAACAGACAUAACGGUCUGAUAACGUAGGCUGUGAAAACAGGAUAUGUAGGCAGAAUGUACCUCAGCAUGGAAGCCACCUCCUAAAUAAAUCCAUUUAAGGUCAA